AUGGCUGCCACUCAUUUAAAAUCUAAGUACAAGAAUGUUAUGUUUAUAGCAAAUGCAUUCGAUGGUAAUCGAAAUAUAUAUCCUCUUACUUUUGGGAUCGGGGAUUUGGAGACGGAUGCAUUAUGGCAUUACUUUUUCACUAAACUUCAUGAAGCCAUUGGUGUGUGUCCCAAUCUUGUUAUCAUUUCUGAUCGCAAUGUUAGCAUAGAGAAUGUGUGGAAUAAAGUUUUUCCAACAGCGCAACAUGGCAUAUACUUUUAUCAUAUAAAGGGGAACAUGAAACACACUUGCAAGUUGAAAAAGCGUGAUCAAAUGCUGAUGCACUUUGAGCAGGCUGCGAAAUCUUAUUCAAUGGCUGAAUUUGAUUGUCAUUUUUGCAAGAUCAAGAGAAAGGAACAUGUUGCUCAAUAUAUUGAACAUGCAGGGUUACACAAGUGGUCUAGAGCUCACAUGGAUAGACGCCGCUACAAUGUAAUGACAACAAAUAUUGUGAAGUCAAUAAACUCAGUCCUUAGGUUUGUAAGGAUGCUGCUAGUGGUUCAUUUGAUAGGGGAAAUUAUUAAUCUCCUUAUGAAAUGGUUCACCGAACGUCGUGAGUUGGCUUUGAAAUGCCCAACAACAACAACAUUGUUCCCCAAUUUUCGCGAGAAUAAGUUGAGGAAUAGGUCAGAUGAUGCUUCAAGAAUGAAUGCCGUUAAACUAAAUAACGUACAAUAUAAUGUUGUGGAUGGUGAUAUGGAUGACCUCGUACAUUUGAUGAACAACAGUUGUAGUUGUAGUAAGUUGCAGCUUGAGCAACUACCAAGCAAGCAUGUAGUUAUAGUUUGCCGCUUCUUGAAACUAAAUGUAUACUCCAAGGCUUCUCAGUAUUACACUCGAAAUACCUGGUUGGAUGUUUAUUCGCAUAGCAUCUACUCGGUACAGCCUCAAGGAAUGUGGGUUAUUCCUGAAGAUGUCCGAAUUCGAGUUGUGCUACCUCCCAUGGCAAAGGUCAUGCCAGGUAGACGGAAGAAGUUAAGAAUUCCCUCGCAAGGAGAAGGCACCAUUACAAGAAAGUGCUCAUGGUGCGGUUCCACGGGCCACAAGAAAAUCACCUGUAAAAACAAUAUUCCACUGCGUAAUGUAUCUUAG